AUGAUCGUGAUUUGCGCCAGCAGUAUCGCUCUUGCCGCCGAAGAUCCCGUUGCCGAAAACUCCACCAAAAACAAAAUCCUCGAGCACUUUGACUACGCUUUCACAGGUGUCUUCACAGUAGAGAUGGUUCUCAAGGUGAUUGAUUUGGGUGUCGUACUGCAUCCAGGCGCUUACUGUCGUGAUCCUUGGAACAUACUCGACGCCAUUGUCGUCUUCUGCGCUCUAGUGGCUUUUACAAUGAAGUAA